AUGGCUGUAUCAAAAAUUGUAACAUUUAUUGCUGUGUUGGUCGUUUUCGCCACCACCACCCAGGCUCAAGUUAUAACGUCUGGCAUUUGUCCUUGUGAUGUCGAUGUUGUGCCCAGCUUUGAUGUUUCCCAAUAUUUGGGUGUUUGGUAUGAAUACGCUAAAUAUCCCAUGUAUUUUGAGGCUGAUGGUGUUUGUAUAACGGCCGAAUAUACUCUACAGCCUGAUGGCAAUGUUGGUGUUAAGAAUUCUCUAGUUAAUGGAAAGUCUGGUGCUGCUGAAGUAAUUAAUGGUUAUGCGUCUGUUGUUUCCAAUGCCAAAUUGAUGGUCACAUUUCCCGUUAGUCCGGCUUAUAAUACCACCAGCAAUUACUGGGUUCUCGACACUGACUAUUGUACAUUCAGUGUAGUCUACUCGUGCCAACCAUCUGCCAACAAUCAACAUUCCACAAUUGUUUGGAUUUUAACUCGUGAACGUGUGCCCUCCACUGCCACCAUUGAUACAGCUAAGGCUGUAUUGGUAAAGAACAAUAUUUCAUUGGAACCCUUGACUGUAACCAAACAACAGGGAUGUUAA